UUGGGACGGGCUCUGCAGUCAAGAAACUUCGGGAGCCCACGUGUGCUGGAGAAUCCUGGGGCUCCGGUCACCCCUCGCAAAGCGUUCAGUCAUCCCCUCCAGCGCUUCGGGGUCCACUGGGAAGUCCCGUCUUGGGCCAUCCUCACACAGCCCCUCCCACGGUUUCACCUUUGUCCUCUCUAAUCGCUCAGAUCGGCUCCCAGCCUCCAUGGCUGUGUUUAAAGUCCACCUCUAGGGAACACAGACUGACUGUUCCGAUAAACCCGGGGCACGGGACUGUGUGUGUCCCCGGGGUGUCCUGGGACCCUGGCCGGGGUUGGGGACAAGAGCAGCGUGUGCGUGCAAGAUGAAACUGCUCUGCGCAUUCUUCCUCCUAUGGCUUGGCCUGGUGGGCAGUCUGGCUCAGAGUGACCCCAGCCCCAAGGGAGAGGAGUCCUACUCCGACUGGGGCCUGAGGCAGCUGCGGGGCAGCUUCGAGUCGGUCAACAGCUAUGUGGAUUCCUUCAUGGAGUUGCUAGGAGGGAAGAAUGGAGUCUGUCAGUACCGGUGUCGAUACGGAAAGGCGCCAAUGCCCAGACCCGGUUACAAAGCUCAGGAGCCCAAUGGCUGCAGUUCCUAUUUCCUGGGUAUCAAGGUUCCAGGAAGUAUGGACUUGGGCAUCCCAGCGAUGACCAAGUGUUGCAACCAGCUGGACGUCUGCUAUGACACCUGCGGUGCCAACAAAUACCGCUGCGAUGCGAAAUUCCGAUGGUGUCUCCACUCUAUCUGCUCCGACCUCAAACGGAGCCUGGGCUUCGUCUCCAACGUGGAAGCAGCCUGUGAUUCUCUGGCGGAUACCGUGUUCAACACCGUGUGGACCCUGGGCUGCCGACCCUUCAUGAAUAGUCAGCGGGCGGCCUGCCUCUGUGCAGAGGAGGAGAAGGAGGAGUUAUGAAGAGGAGGCGGCUCUUCCAGGCUCUGAGGCACAUCGGGGCUGUUUCAGGGAUGGCGGUAUGGUACAAGGGCCAUCCUUUCCUCAAACCCUCUGGAGUCAUGAGCUGAAGAAGGGAAGCAGCAGGCCUUGUCGUUUGAGGAAAGUUAAGAAAAGGACACGCAGAGUCUGAACUGUUCCCUCUAACACCGGUCUCCCCGGCCAAGAAACGACGUGCCUGGAAGUUCAGUUCUUUGCUGAAGGACAGCUACAAGUAGGUCCUAUUAUUCCUAGACCUGGUCAUGACAGUCAUAAGCGAAAUCUGGGGGAGCCCAAACAUUUGGGAGAUAAUGACUUUUCUCUGGCCCAUGUUUCAGUUGCCAGUUGACACCUCACAUUUAAUA